GAUCUGUCAGCUGAUGCAUCUGGUUCUGCUGUUGCUCUUUCUCAUUACUGUACAUAUUGCUCCCAGCCCUUAUAUCUUACUUUCCAAAGUGGAUUUAAAAGAAAACCUCAUGCUUCACAUCUCUAGGAAGAAUUGAUGUGCUAUCUGCAGAAUAUUACACCUGGGCUUCUUCCAACCGGCUCAACUUUCUGAUCAUCACACUUCCUGAAUACAUUUGCUUGGGAAUGGGCUCUAAUUUUAACGAUAUUGUGAAGCAGGGCUACGUAAAGAUCAGGAGCAGACGGCUUGGUAUUUAUCAGAGGUGUUGGUUAGUAUUUAAGAAAGCAUCAAGCAAAGGACCAAAACGUCUAGAAAAGUUUUCAGAUGAGCGAGCGGCUUACUUUCGAUGCUACCAUAAGGUCACAGAACUCAAUAAUGUGAAGAAUGUUCUACGACUUCCAAAAACCACGAAGAAGCACGCACUGGGAAUAUUUUUCACUGAUGACACCUCAAAAACAUUUGCUUGUGACUCGGAGCUUGAGGCUGAUGAAUGGUGUAAGGUGCUGCACAUGGAAUGUCUUGGAACACGGAUUAAUGACAUCAGCCUUGGGGAACCAGACCUGUUGGCCACUGGAGUAGAGAGAGAACAGAAUGAAAGAUUCAAUGUAUAUUUGAUGCCAUCCCCUAAUUUAGAUGUCCAUGGGGAAUGCACGUUGCAGAUAACAUUUGAGAAUAUCUGUCUAUGGGACGUUCACAACCCUAGAUUGAAAUUGGUUUCUUGGCCACUAAGCUCACUUCGGAGAUAUGGCAGGGAUCCAGCUUGGUUCACAUUUGAAGCCGGCAGGAUGUGUGACACAGGGGAGGGCCUGUUUAUCUUCCAAACUAGGGAAGGUGAAGCUAUCUAUCAGAAAGUACAUUCAGCAGCACUGGCAAUAGCAGAGCAACAUGAGCGUCUACUGCAAAGUGUCAAGAAUUCAAUGCUUCAAAUGAGGAUGAGCGAACGGACAGUGUCCCUAAACACCAUGGUUCCUCUGCCUCGUAGUGCGUAUUGGCAGCAUAUAACAAGGCAGCACAGUACAGGGCAGCUCUACAGUCUACAAGAUCUUUCAAACCCACAGAAACUGCAUCGAACAGACACUUUUCCUACUUACAGAUCAGAACACUGAUAAAACUUACUAAGAACUUAUCAUCAAAACUGUUUUUUUGAUUAGCCAACUGGAUUUCUUGGUUGUUGCGAAGGAUGGAAACUAAACAACAUGGAGUUAUCAGGAUAUCAUAUCUGCCUGGAACUUUAUAUUCUCCAAAUGCAAUUUUUUUACUUUCACAAAGAAUGCGCUUUGUAGACAUUGAAAAAAAAAAAAGUUUCAUACUUGUUCAUACAAACGGGACGAUUAGAAAUUUCUUUUUGUAUCCUAGAUAAUCAUUGCAAAUAUAAAUGUUAGUUGUUGUUUGUCAUGCUAAAAUGUUUUUUUUUAAUGUUUUGUGAUUUUCAAGCUAUGUAUUAUCAUCCUCUGUUUAUGCUAUCAUGCCUGGCACCUAAACUUGAAUAAUUCACAUAGAGUAUGCUGGGAUAAUAUUGUUUUGAAGCUAUUCAUUUUAUCACAUCAAUAUGAGAAAAAAAAUAUGUUUUAAUAUUAUACUUAUUAGAUUUUAUUUUCAUGGAUUUCUAUUGUUUUACCAUGUUGUCUUAUUUAUGAGAA